AUGAUUUUAGAUUCAUAUACUUGGUCGUUGGAGACUGCUUGGCGGAAGUUGUGCCAGGAACAUGAUGAGUGUAUUCGAAUCCUUGAACCAGACCUCAUGCACGAUGAUAAUCACCAGCUCAUGGCUCGGUGGCGGCCCCCUUCUGCUGGAUUCUUAAAACUGAACAGUGAUGGUAGCUAUAAAGAAGACGCACAAGUCAUGGGUGGAGUAGGACUGAUUAGAGAUUCUUUAGGUAAAUGGAUUUGUGGAUUCAUAUCUACCUAUAGGGAGGCAACCAACAGUCCAUUCCUUGCAGAAGCUUUGGCUAUGAGAGAUGGUCUUAUACUAGCUUGGGAGCGAGGUGUCCGGAAUAUAAUUUGCAAUUCAGACUGUCAAGAGCUUAUGCAGAUAGCAAGGGACUCAGCACGAGCAAUUCACCAUGUUCAUGGGUGGGUUCUAACAGAGAUCCAAAACUUGUUGUCAAGAAGUUGGUGA